AUGUCUCACGUUUUGUAUUGGCCUGGUCGAAGUUUCUUCUACCCGCUUGGCAACACGUCUGCCGUAUGCUUCACUGAAGAUCUACCCCCCGAACGCAAGGCAGACGUCCUGUUGCUUGGCUGUGGAGAUCCAAGGCACAUUUUGUACACAGUGUACGCUGAUGCUUUGGCGUUGGGUGAGCCCCGCAAACUUGAUGUCACCUGUUGCGACAUCGAAGCUGCUGUCCUUGCGCGCAACACUCUACUCUUUACGCUCUUGGCCGAUCAUGACGGGACUGAAGACAAGCAGACAUGUAUAUGGAACAUAUUUUAUCAUUUGAUGCUGGACGAAGGCUCCCUUUCACUGCUCACCGAACAAUGCUGUAAGCUCGCCCCCCUUGCGGAAAGUAUGGAUUCGUGGAGACAGGGCCCUUAUUCCCAUAUCAUCGCCAUGUGUAACUCGGAUACUCUGUCCGAGAUCGGCAGGUUCUGGAAGCUUUGGCUGGGAACAGCCAAUUUCAAUGUCGAGCAAGCUAGACACUUCGAGGAGAGAUUUCAGGACGGUAUCAAGAGGGUUCGGAAGCCAAUGGAAGACCGUGAAGUCAUCGGGUCGAUACGUUCAGCCGGCCCUCUAGCUCCUGUAGCGAUGAGCGCCGCUGCGGAGCAGUUCAAACGUUUUUGGGCGACAGGUGUUACAGACGAUGGAAUGCGAAACGUGAAACCAGCAAAUCGCGUCAACCCUACCUUCGGGUUCUCUACCACGUCCGGAGAGGAAUUCUCCUUGCAUUACGGUACAGACCCCCUCUUGGGUUUCCAUCUUGCAGAAUCUUUAGCGUCUUCCGGUCUGGAAUUCCGUGACGAGGCGCCGUCUGUAGUCUUCGAAAUUGUGCAGGCUGCGCGCCGACAAUUCAGUGCCUGGUGCAAAGCCACUGCACACCGUGUUCAGAAUACAGAUGCCUCCUCAGCGCCCUUCGUGGUUCGAAUGUACGCUGGAGAUGCACUUGCGUUCUGUCGGGCCCUCCAUUUUGUGAACAAUCCCAAUGAAUUCACUAUACAUCCACCUGCAUUCACUGCGCCGUGGAGGUCAUCGGUCGUGCAGCUGGACAUGGCUUCAUACGGUCCGACCGCACUGCCCCGCGAUCCGACUUCCUUCGACGUCAUCGAGACAUCCAACCUGCUGGAUCAUCUUGGGUUGCAAAACCUGUUCAUUGUCACCACUCCCCUGCUCUGUCAUUCGCCUUCGUCAACGCUUUAUACAGAGGCUCUACUUUCUGCAGCUGAUUCGCCUGCGGACGGUAUUCUGGAACACGUCUGUGGUGACCUUUCUACCAUCUCGUUACUAUUAGGCGUCAUCCCUUCUACCUAUGUUUCCCGAUUCACCACACGUUCCAACUCCUCCGAAACGCUGCUACUGGCCAUUAGAGCCCCCUUUGCAGGUCAGUAUCAGGAUCGUCUUGCCUGGAAGCUUAUCGGCUUCGGCCAUAACACCAAUUGGUCACAAAAAACUCUUUCGUUUACCCCGAACCAGCUGACCGAAGCUUUGUUCGACAUAUACUUGAAGAUGCUCUCAAAUGAAGAUCUCGGUAAACAGACGGAAGCCGUAUCUCUUGACGAGCCUCAGGCACUGCAGAAGUUGCGAUAUUCAAGCAUUAUCCACUAUACGCGUAGCACUUUUGCCUUAUUGCUCACACACAUCAGGAAAAGGGUCCAGUGCGACUGGGACACAGUCAUAGAUGACCUAGGCGCACUGGUUCUGCAGAACCAUACUCUUACCACCGGAUCCAAUUUUUACCAGGAGAUGGUUAGCCAGUUACAUCUCGCGGGCUUCCGACCUUCUUGGUUGUCACCGACGGCAGUGCAAGAACUUCGCUUCAACGAGGACCCUCCUAUUUUCAGGCGAUGGGGCACGGUUCCGGAAGUUGUAAUAAUCAUUCUAGUGGUUCCGCGGCACGCUAUCACCAAGGUGCAGUCUGACCUCUCAGACGCUGGUACCCCCUAUUUGCAGUGCGAAACGUGGGCGAACUUCAGCCACAACGCUUUUGCAUGUAUCUCGGCAUCGUUCGGUAAGCUCGAGGUUUCAGGCCAAGGCGAGAAUAAGGUGGCGGUUGUCGUUGAAGAUAGAGCUGGGAUCGAGGGCACGUCGCCUUUGAUUAUUUCCUUCCCCAUUCCUUUCUACCUGUCUCAUGAUUAUGACGGGCGGAACGGUCUGCCUAGCCGUUCGUCCUACCCUCAAAACUUUACCGUUGUCACAGAAGUUAGGAUUGGGAAUGUGCCUCUUCAAGGCUUCAUUAACGGACGAACGAUUCGUCCACGUUCUAGCAAGGGCACCGACCUAGCAACGACACGACGAAUGAGGUCCGGCCACUUGUGUCUCCCACAUUAUUAG